AUGAGCGAUUCUGACAAAGAGACUGAAAAGCCAGGCGUGCCUGCAUGGCAACUUCAAGGCGAUGAGGAACUGUCCGAUGAACCACGAGAAGAAGUUGUUGAAUCACCAAGUCGGACGGCAAUACUCGAGCAGGCGAGGAAGUUCUUAGAGGAAGAUGAAGUGAGGAAUGCGUCUACGGACAAGAAGAUUGCUUUUCUAGAAAGCAAAGGUCUUGAAGGAGAUGAUAUAAAGGGGCUACUGGGUGUCUCGCGGGAUGAUGAAGCCACAAAUACCUCUCUGGUUAGAACACCGGAAGCCAAACCACAACCUCGACUGCAGCCGCAGCCGCUGCCGCAGCCGCGAUCUCUGCCUCCAACCACCCAAGCAAGCUAUUCACCAGCACCUCGCGAUCAACCCCCUAUAAUAACCUAUCCCGAAUUCUUAGUUCAACCAUCUCCUUCUUCCAGCCCUUUAAUUACCAAACACCGCCUUCUUACGACUCUCUAUCUCUUUGGCUCUUUCAGCUUCCUUCUUUAUGGCACAAAUACCUUUUUGAUACGACCUAUGCUCAACACCCUCACUGAAUCCCGACGAUCCCUAUCUUCUGCCACUCUCAACAACCUCCAAAAAUUAAUCCACAAACUCGAAAAUUCCGUCUCCGAAAUCCCUCCUACCUACCACUACCGUAAAUCCUUCCAAUCCGAUUAUCUAGACUCUGAUUCUAGCUCCGUAACCAGUGAUCCCACCGAGCUUUUCCACCGCGACAUCGGGGUCCAAACAUCUCUUCCCUCAUCACCUAUACAAACACCUAGUUCACCGUCCCUAAUCUCCCACGCGAAUACCGCAACCACACCAACCGCAAUCCAGGCAUCGCGUCUGACAACCCUGCAGGGCACAUUGUCAUCACUAAUAGAAGACUCGACGUACGAAUCAUCCGCAAACGAAGAGCUAGAAACGAGAAUGACGAUGUUGAAGGAAUAUCUACAAGGAUUGGUUUUCCCAACUUCAUUUAACUAUCGCUCUGGACCUUAUUCGGAUGGACGGGAUAGAAAUGGAAAUGAUAAGGAGGGAGAAGAUGAGUUUGCAAAGGUUAAGAGGGAGAUUAGAGGAGUUAAAGGAGUUUUGCUUAGUGCGAGAAGUUUUCCUGGGGGUGUUAGGGCGAAAUAAUGGGCGUGGGGAGAAGAAUGCAUGGUAAUGGCAGGUUUAGCCAAUAAUAGAUGAGCUAUGAAUGGAUAUAUUUUUUUUUAGUAUCAUUCGUGUAUG